CUUAAUAUGACGACGAUAUCGAAACGCUGCGAGCUAACGACGAAAAUAAAGCACAAGUAACUACUACGAAUGCUUUUCAAUAUGAUAGAAUAUCUCUCUUUCUCUCUUUCCCUAACCCCUUACCCUCCCUCUUCUUAUCGAUCUGAGAUUUUUACAUAUCUAUAAAGCCUCCAGGAUAUUAUCGCGUCAAGGUUUGACGUUACGUUCGUUCGAAAAAUCGUUCGUAUCGUUGAUUACGUUCUACGAUGUUUCUACAGAUUCCUUUACCUUCCCAAAACAACGUCGCCUAGAUUCAUAGAUUUCCAUUUACAUAAAUUCCCGACACCCCGGGAACAAUUUCGACUCAUAAACGUAAUUAAUGGCCCGGGGUAUUAAUUCAAAAAUUUUUCCCCAGUUUCAAACACAUGUUGCAGGAACGAUGUCGCGUACAACCGUUUCGCAAUUUAGCUAAAUAAUUACUAAACUUGCCGCUUGCGGACUACGACGACGACGACGACGACGACGACGACGACGAAGACAACGAAUUGGCAAACGCCGAUUCAUAACCUAGAUCGAAACUUGUCAGAUAAUAUUUUAAUGAUCAUUUACCUUUAUCGGAAAUAACAAAUCUAAAAACGAACAAGUUCCUUCGGCGUUCUUAUCGGUCUUAAUAUAUUCCAAUAAUUCGAUUUAGAUAAAAUAAUAUACAAUGAAUUAUCUUCGAGAAUAUAGAAGAUAAGUACUCAAAGUAAUUCGAUCGAAAUAUUCGAGCAAGGUCGGAAUAGCAAGGUCCGGCAUUAGAGAUGGAGAGAGAGAGAGAGAGAGAGAGAGAGAGAGAGAAAGAGGGAGAGGCAGAGAAGGACAGAAGGAUAAUUCUGUGUUCGACGAAGGUUCGGGAGAGAUUGCGUUUGUGCGCACGUACUCACGCAUAGAGACACGUAUAGAGCCACAGAGAGAGAGAGAGAGAGAGAGAGAGAGAGGAGAGAGCACGUAGCUAGAAACGGUUGUCCUGGGGCAGAGCUGCCAUCCUAAGCCGGCUUGACUAAUUGGUAGCGUUAUAAUCAUGGGUACACGGUUAGGUUGGUAUUACCGCGAGUUAUAGCCCCGUCUCCACAUCGGCGACCACCACACGCACAUUCGCACGCAAGAGGGAGCGCUUAAUGACCCCGCCGUUUACGCAAAUUUUCCCAUUAUGCGACGCGGUUUUGGACCGCCAAACGGGGCGAUCCCGAGCCUCCAAACGGGGCAUCGUUUCUACGACGAAACCGACGUCGACGUCGACGUCGGUGUCGAUGGGCUUCGAGAGAGCGAGAGAGAGAGAGAGAGAGAGAGAGAGUGAGAUAGAUAGAGAAACAGGGAGAAACGGAGAGAGAUGGAGACAAACGAAGAGGGUGAGAGCUUAAAGCUUUUGAAAAUCAUCGACUGUGGCGGAUGUGGUCGAUCUAGGUGAUUUGUGAUUCUCUCUCUCUCUCUCUCUCUCUCUCUGUUAUCUCGUUUUAUAGUUCUAUUCUCCAUAUAGUUACUAUUUAAUAAUAUAUAACAUUAGAAUAUAUUUAAGCAUAUUUAUACAAUUUAUAAUAUUUAUUUGACAAGAUGAAACUCUGCUCGUGAUUCUUGAUUCGUAUACGUGCCUUGGCCAAAGGAGAUACUGAUAAUAAAAAAUCGUGGGAUAUAAAAUAAUUCAAACAAAUGCCGUGAACGAGGAGAGGCAGGAGGUAGGUUCGAGCUGCCGCGAUAUAUCCUGGGCUGGGCUUAUCCGUUGGCUGGUCAUUCAUAAACGAGGGAAAAAAUGACACUCUAACGGCUCGCUAUUCGUAACUGUUAGGAAGUGGGAGAGAUUUGUUGGCGUCGUACGUAACGACGGGAAAGGGAUUUUCUACGACGCGCGGAUGAUAACGUUCUAUCGAGGUACGUGAACCAACUACCGUCGCAUGUCUAUAAAUUAUCUCCCAUUAAUCAGUAUUUCCGAUAAUUCGGAGGAUCGCGAAAUUUCUUCGAUAGACGAACGGAUAUAGAAGAAGAAGAAGAAAUAGAGAAUGUGAUAGCAGAAAAUUUCGACGAGCUUCGAAAAGUAAAAGAGAAUAAACGUAGCUACGAGAGUGCCCUCUAGUGGAGCUUCAUAUCGAAGUCCGGUCCACCCCCAUGGAGCAACGUCCCGGGGGUGUGAUCGCUGCUAACUAAACUUGUAAAUCUCUCUCUUUCUCUUUCUCCCUCUCCCUCUCUCUCUCUCUCUCUCUCUCUCUCUUGAUCCAGGCCUCCCUAGACUGACCAGAACGCAUUUGUCUGUCUUACACUCUCCGGUGUAAAUACACGGUCGUAGGAGUCCCUGGAAAUUAGACGCAUUCCAUUACGAAUGUUACACUUCUCGCUUUCCAAUUGGAAAAUUAAAGAUAACACGAUAUGUACGCUGAAGUCGGUCAAAAGGUGUUGCGAAGCAAAAUAACGUCGGUCUUUCUCGUUCGUUCUUCGCGAAAGCAUCCUUCUCUAGACCAUAAACUUUGAUGUACGAAUCUCCGUCGAGACACAUAAAGGCAGUUUGCGCGAAACGAUCUUGGGAUUCGAGUAGGUGGAGGAGCAGUCGAGAAAGCAAGGAACGUGGCAAGGUCUAGGGCGAUAUCAGAAACAAAAGGUUCGCAAACGAGAAGUUACGAGGGAUCUUUUAUGCCUCGCUUGUCUCGCGUAUUAUUAUGACGGAUGUCGUGGUUAAGCGUUCCUACGUAACGCGAUUCCGCGACUUUAGACUCUCAUGUUGCCGCGAGAACGGCCGCGAUACUCACGUGUGUAUCGUACUGGAUAUAGGAGUUGCCUCGAUGAACUUGAAUAUAUCACGAGGGAUGGUUAUGGGACGCAACGUGCGUGCGAGUGGCUGCGCGACGAUCCUUCUCCCGCUCGCAAAUCAAACCACCACGAUCCUUCUCCCUUAUACAGGUUUAGUCCGAGCGGACUAUCGGAGCCGUUCGAUAUUCUCGUUGAGAGAGUUUAGUGAGUGCGUUCGAAGAAAGUGUUCGACAAAUGUGUAUCAACGAGGAAGAUCGUCGAUUAGAUCUCCGACGGGGAAUCGGAGAUAAAAAGAUGAUGAUGGACGUGAGCAAGAAUGAACCAAGUAGUAAAAACGGGGCGACUCAGCAAGAAUGUGCUGGUUGUGGCAAGACUAUCACGGAAAGGUAUUUAUUGAAAGCCUUGGACUUGUACUGGCACGAAGACUGUUUGAAAUGUGGUUGCUGCGAUUGCAGACUAGGAGAGGUCGGUUCUACGCUUUAUACAAAGGCCAAUUUAAUUCUCUGCAAAAGAGAUUACUUGAGGCUCUUUGGAAACACCGGCUACUGUGCGGCAUGUAACAAAGUCAUACCAGCGUUCGAGAUGGUAAUGAGAGCAAGAACUAACGUCUAUCAUCUGGAAUGUUUUUCCUGUCAAGAAUGCGAUCACAAAUUUUGCGUGGGCGAUCAGUUUUAUCUCUAUGAGAAUAAGAUUCUCUGCGAGUAUCAUUACAAGGAGAGAGUCUAUUUCGCCAACAUGCCGCAUCCUCCGCCGAACGAUACUUUAGCGCAUAUUAAAAGACAGGUCACGCAUCUUCAACCUCAAACGGUACCUGCUGGAGGUCCUCCGAGACAGGCGAAUGGGGAAACAGCCCAUAACCACAAUGGAUAUCCAGCACCGGCUACAUCGAGCGCUCACAACGUCCUGAACCCCAUGAAUAAUUUAAAUGGUAUCAAUGCGCAAGCACCGUACGAUGCCAAAUGACAAACGAAAUAAGCGCCGAUAUACACGCGUCUACGCCUACUACCUAUGUUAACACCUAAACUUAACAUACAAGAAUAACAAACAUAUAUAUAUCUAAAUAAUAUAUAUAUGUCGAAUCGCGAGAGUGCGUAGUUUAUCGUCGUUGCUAUCGGUCCGUUUCGUUUUUCCGUUUUAUUCGGAGCAUCGUCAUCGGUUCGAGAAGAGAUAAAAAGGAUGAUGGAAAUCGUCGUGAGAUUUUUUGCAAAGAGAAGAGAAGAGACUCGUCGCGAUUGAGUUCCCACGCUAAGAUCGGCUACGAUCUAUCGAUCAUACGAGGAAACGAAAGCAAGGAAAGAUCGCGAUUACAUGCCGGUGAAAAGCUGAUAAAAUCGAUCAUUUGCGAUCCCUUUAGCGCUUUUCUUUUUUUAUUUUUAUUUUUUUUUUCUUUUUGGAAAAAAGAAAAACGAAAAAAAAAAAAAGAAAAAAGAGCGAUUUCGUUCUGUAGAUAGUACGAGUAUUAUCUUUAGGAAAAGGAUAAAGAAAGAUAAUAACGAUAAUAAUGGUGCUUUUUUCGAAGUGUAUCGACUGUUCGACUUCUUCGAUUACGAAUUGUCUCAUAUAACCGGUGAAAGGAUAAUUAACGAAGUGUAUAGAAGGAAAAAAAAAAAAAAGGAAAAAAAGAAAGAAAGAAAAAGGAAAAAGAAGAAAAGGAGGAAAGAGACGAAGGUGUAUACCCUACAUUGUUGAAUUUUAGACGAACGAAUUAAUUGUAACACCGAUGUAUGUAUUAUUCAAGGAAUAAAAUCAUUUCAUUUUAUUGUU